AUGAAGACACCAACAAUCAGCUCCAUCCUAGCUGCAGAGCCAUGGUACUAUGACGACGACAGGCGGUGCGUCAAGUUCCGUGCUGACGGCGCCGGCGAGAUCUGGGACGGACACGAGACGGCCUUUACACUGGGCGCGAGCUUCGACUGGAGAGCCCUGAACCUCACAGCCCUAAACGAGGAGCCGGCGAUCACUACAGGUAAGACUGCGAAGAUUCUGGCCCACCUUAGCCUGGAGAUCACCCUUACGGAACGCCGCUGCCCCUGUCCCGAGGGCUGGAAUUUUGAUGAGAAAACGCUCGAACGGAUUCGGAUGACCACGCCAAGUUUCAGGGAGGGCGCGUUCCAGCCCAAGACGUUUACUGUCCGCCUCGAGAGCGGGAGAUUCGCCAAACCUUUUAUGGAGGAUCAUGGCGGCGUGAAGAAAUUCGGAGACCAGGCUCACAGCUAUGCGCUAUGGCUGAGUUUCCGGGUAUUUACGAGAUGGAGAGGCAUUACGCCGGCCGAGUCAUCUCAAGGGGAGAUCAAGCGAGAGCACACCCAGCAGGAGUCAGCACUUACAUCAGUCUCGAUUGAAGUGCCAUCACAACGCGGGAAACUUCCAACUCAAAAGCAAGUCUGGACCAGCGGCUCAUCUAUGACUGGCAUAUUCGAAAUGAAUGAUUCCAACAAAACAGUCUUUGACGCAGUCGUGGCACCAAUUCUCCCGCAAGUCCUACAAGGAAAGUCUUGCAAUGUCUUUGCGUACGGCCAUUCCGGGAGUGGCAAGACACAUACCAUCGUCGGAUACGAAUAUGAAGCAGGAAGUGAUCUUGGGCUCUGUCUAGCCACAGCUCGUCAACUUGUCGAGGCCCUCAAUCGCCUGAACGAACAGAAUGCAUGUGAUCCACUAGGCGUUGGAGUCCGUAUAUAUGAACUGCGAAGAAACAACGCAUACGAUCUUUUGAAUGAUCGCCGUGAAUGCUUCGUCCGAGAAGGCUCCGAUGGUCAAGUCUAUAUCCGGGGCAAGACGGAGAUGCUCGAGAACGGAAAAGUGCGAGUGAAACCUAUUGUGACCAAAGCAUGCUGGAGCUUUGAAGACCUUUCUAGAGAACUCCAAAAAGGGCUCAAACUUCGCGCUACGGGAAUGUCGACUGUGCAUGAUCAAAGCUCCAGAACUCAUGCAGUCAUCGAGCUUGAAAUUGUUACCAAGACGUUGCUUGAGGCGCGUGACGCUGUGAUUGAGCGAGAGUCUGAGCUGGUUCCUGUGGGCAAACAUGCGACUGAUGUUUAUAUUGAGGAGCAGAGCAAGGCUAUCAUACGAAACCCCGAUGGUGGGUAUGCUCCCAAUCCCGACUAUCAACUAGACCAGGUGCGAAUCGAUGCUGCAGAAGCUAGGAAAGCAGAGUUUGAAGCAUUGGUCGAUUUGGCGAAAGAACAUGAGUCUCAAAUCUUUGGUACUACAGCUCGCAAGCAUGCAUGUCUAGGAGGAAGGCUCGUUUUCGUGGACCUGGCUGGAUCCGAGUACUACAAUGACAAGAGCGGACUGAAAAUGAACCAGAGCGCACAUGAGAAGCAGAUAGGAAGGCACAUCAACACAGAUCUGCUAGCUCUCAAGGAAGUCAUACGAGCCCGAGCUCAAGGCUCACCCCGAAUUCCUUUCCGAUCAUCGCCUCUUACCAUGGUGCUGCGCCCACAUUUUCAAGCAUCUGAGGACUCUCACUCUGCUAUGAUUUUGACGGUCUCGCCAUCGUCUAGUGAGUUUGCAGCGACUAUGAAUACACUCAAAUAUGGAAAUCUGGUCGGAGCCGCGGGAAAUACUAAAUAG